CGGUUUGGCGGCAGCGGCCAUGUCGCAAGCGACGCACGCGCCCGCCUUCCCGGGGGGUCUCCACCUCCUGAGCGUGGUGCUGGUGUUGCUGUGCCGCACAGACGGGGCGUACGCGGAGAGCCCGAGCGAAGAGCCGCUCAACGACACCGAGGAGUGCACCGGCUCCUACAUCUGCAAGAAAGGUGUCAUUUUGCCCAUAUGGGAACCCCAAGACCCCUCGUUUGGUGACAAAAUCGCUCGGGCCACGGUGUACUUUGUAGCCAUGGUGUACAUGUUCCUGGGAGUAUCCAUCAUAGCCGACCGCUUCAUGUCCUCCAUUGAAGUCAUUACCUCCCAAGAACGGGAGAUAACCAUCAAGAAGCCCAACGGGGAGACCAGCAAGACCACAGUGAGGAUCUGGAAUGAGACUGUUUCCAACCUCACGCUGAUGGCCUUGGGCUCGUCCGCCCCUGAGAUCCUCCUGUCAGUCAUUGAAGUCUGUGGUCACGGCUUCACAGCAGGGGACUUGGGGCCGAGCACCAUUGUAGGGAGUGCUGCGUUUAACAUGUUUGUCAUCAUUGCGAUCUGCGUUUACGUUGUUCCUGAUGGAGAGAUAAGGAAGAUCAAGCACUUGCGAGUGUUUUUUGUUACAGCAGCCUGGAGCAUCUUUGCCUACACUUGGCUUUAUAUUAUUUUAUCUGUGUCGUCUCCUGGGAUUGUGGAAGUUUGGGAAGGCUUGCUCACUUUCUUCUUCUUCCCUAUCUGUGUGGUGUUUGCUUGGGUAGCUGACAGGAGGCUUUUAUUUUACAAGUACGUCUACAAGAAAUACCGGGCUGGCAAGCAGAGAGGCAUGAUCAUCGAACACGAGGGUGACCGACCCUCCUCUAAAGCUGAUAUUGAGAUGGAUGGAAAAGUGGCCAAUUCUCAUGUGGAGAACUUCUUGGAUGGGACACUGGUGUUGGCGGUCGAUGAGAAAGACCAGGACGACGAGGAAGCCAGGAGGGAAAUGGCUCGAAUCCUGAAGGAGCUGAAACAAAAGCACCCCGACAAGGAAAUUGAGCAGCUUAUUGAGCUGGCCAACUACCAGGUCCUGAGCCAACAACAGAAGAGCAGGGCCUUUUAUCGCAUUCAGGCUACUCGGCUCAUGACUGGGGCUGGCAACAUCUUGAAGAGACAUGCUGCAGACCAGGCCCGCAAAGCUGUCAGCAUGCACGAGGUCAACAGUGAGGUGGCAGAAAAUGAUCCCAUCAGCAAGCUCUACUUUGAGCAGGGCACCUAUCAGUGUCUGGAGAACUGUGGCACCGUUGCUUUGACCAUCAUUCGCCGUGGAGGUGACUUGACCAAAACGGUGUACGUUGACUUCCGGACAGAGGAUGGCACAGCCAAUGCCGGCUCUGACUAUGAGUUCACCGAAGGGACUGUAGUCUUCAAGCCAGGGGAGACCCAGAAAGAAAUACGGGUUGGCAUAAUUGACGAUGACAUUUUCGAGGAGGAUGAGAAUUUCCUGGUCCAUCUCAGCAAUGUCCGUGUGAGCACUGAGGCCUCAGAUGAAAGCAUUCUCGAGGCUGGUCGUGUCUCAACGCUCGCUUGCCUUGGCUCACCAUCUACUGCUACUGUCACCAUCUUUGACGAUGAUCACGCUGGCAUCUUUACCUUUGAGGAGCCGGUGACGCACGUCAGCGAGAGCGUGGGGACCAUGGAAGUGAAAGUUCUGCGAACCUCUGGCGCGCGAGGAAAUGUUAUUGUGCCCUACAAAACCAUCGAAGGGACGGCCAAAGGUGGAGGAGAGGACUUUGAAGACACCUGUGGGGAGCUGGAGUUCCAGAACGAUGAGAUAGUCAAAACGAUAUCAAUCAAGGUGAUAGAUGAUGAGGAGUAUGAGAAAAACAAGACCUUCUACCUAGAGAUCGGGGAGCCCCGGCUGGUGGAGAUGAGUGAGAAGAAAGCCCUGUUGUUGAAUGAGCUUGGCGGCUUCACCAUCACAGGUACGGAUUUCCGCGCUUUCCCCCUCCCCCGGAGAGCGGCCCCGGCCCCGGUUCACGAGCGGGUUCUUUGCCUUGCAGAGGAGAACGAGGAGAAGCAGCCGCUGACCAGCAAGGAGGAGGAGGAGCGGCGCAUUGCCGAGAUGGGGCGCCCGGUCCUGGGCGAGCACGCCAAGCUCGAGGUCAUCAUUGAGGAGUCCUACGAGUUCAAGAACACGGUGGACAAGCUCAUUAAAAAGACGAACCUGGCGCUGGUGGUGGGCACCAACAGCUGGAGGGAGCAGUUCAUCGAGGCUAUUACUGUCAGCGCUGGUGAAGAUGACGACGAUGAUGAAUGUGGGGAGGAGAAGCUGCCCUCCUGCUUUGACUACGUGAUGCACUUUCUGACCGUCUUCUGGAAGGUCCUUUUUGCCUUUGUGCCCCCAACAGACUACUGGAAUGGCUGGGCCUGCUUUGUUGUCUCCAUCCUCAUGAUCGGCCUCCUGACAGCCUUCAUCGGCGACCUGGCCUCCCACUUCGGCUGCACCAUCGGCUUGAAGGACUCCGUGACCGCGGUCGUGUUUGUCGCGCUAGGAACGUCAGUGCCAGACACCUUUGCCAGCAAAGUGGCAGCGACGCAGGACCAGUACGCGGACGCCUCCAUCGGGAACGUCACCGGGAGCAACGCCGUGAACGUUUUCCUGGGCAUCGGGGUGGCCUGGUCCAUCGCGGCCAUCUACCACGCGGCACACGGACAAGCCUUUCAAGUCUCGCCCGGCACCUUGGCCUUCUCCGUCACCCUCUUCACCAUUUUUGCGUUUAUCAGCGUGGGUGUGCUGCUCUACCGGCGGAGACCUGAGAUCGGAGGUGAGCUGGGCGGGCCGCGGACUUCCAAGCUGCUCACGUCCUCCCUCUUCAUCCUCCUUUGGCUCUUGUACAUAUUCUUCUCAUCUCUGGAAGCCUACUGCCACAUAAAGGGCUUCUAAAGGAACACUCAGAGAUAGAAAUUGUAUAUAUAUCUAUAUGUAUCUAUAUAGAGUGAUAUAUAGGUAUAGAUAUAGAUAUAAUGCUGUGUAUAAUGAACAGAGAAAGAAUAAAGGAGAUUUGCCAUGUUCACACA